CACUCAGUCAGUCAGGACAAGUAAUUUUAUAUAUUUAGAUCAUAUGCAGAGAUAAAUACUCUUGAUAAACAAAAUUUAAUUUAAUAUAUAAACCUUGUGCAAUGUUAAUAAAGAAUUUUUCACUUUUUAUACUGUCAGUAUUUUUAUUCAAAAAUCAGCAUUUUUCUACUGACACCCCAUACUAAUGGUUGGCAAGUAUGGCAACAUCCUUCAUAAACACUAUUAAACAUGAGUUUCAAUGCACUAUUUACUUUCUUACAGCUGAUUAUGCCACCCAAGAAACGCUUUCUUUAUGGAAAGACCACUGCUGCUAAAAAAAAGAAAGCAGCAAGAGCAGCCGAAACAGAAGAGCAACGCAUUCAAAGACUUCAAACAGAAGCUGCAAGACAAGCUGCAUAUAGACAACGUGAAACUUUUGAACAACGUCAAAGCAGACUUGAAAGAGAAGCUCAGAGACAAGCUAAACGUAGAAAAUGUGAAACUUUUGAACAACGUCAAAUCAGACUUAAAAGAGAAGCUCAGAGACAAGCUAAACGUAGACAACAAGAAACUCCUGAACAACGUCAAAUCAGACUUAAAAGAGAAGCUCAGAGACAAGCUGAACGUAGACGACGAGAAACUUCUGAAGAACGUCAAAUCAGACUUGAAAGAGAAGCUCAGAGACAAGCUAAACGUAGACGACGAGAAACUUCUGAAGAAUGUCAAAUCAGACUUGAAACAGAAGAUCAGAGACAAGCUAAACGUAGACGACAAGAAACUUCUGAAGAACGUCAAAUCAGACUUGAAACAGAAGCUCAGAGACAAGCUAAACAUAGACAACGAGAAACUUCUGAAGAACGUCAAAUCAGACUUGAAAAACAAGCUCAGAGACAAGCUAAACAUAGACAACGAGAAACUUCUGAAGAACGUCAAAUCAGACUUGAAAAACAAGCUCAGAGACAAGCUAAACAUAGACAACGAGAAACUUCUGAAGAACGUCAAAUCAGACUUGAAAAACAAGCUCAGAGACAAGCUAAACAUAGACAACGAGAAACUUCUGAAGAACGUCAAAUCAGACUUGAAAAACAAGCUCAGAGACAAGCUAAACAUAGACAACGAGAAACUUCUGAAGAACGUCAAAUCAGACUUGAAAAACAAGCUCAGAGACAAGCUAAACAUAGACAACGAGAAACUUCUGAAGAACGUCAAAUCAGACUUGAAAAACAAGCUCAGAGACAAGCUAAACAUAGACAACGAGAAACUUCUGAAGAACGUCAAAUCAGACUUGAAAAACAAGCUCAGAGACAAGCUAAACAUAGACAACGAGAAACUUCUGAAGAACGUCAAAUCAGACUUGAAAAACAAGCUCAGAGACAAGCUAAACAUAGACAACGAGAAACUUCUGAAGAACGUCAAAUCAGACUUGAAAAACAAGCUCAGAGACAAGCUAAACAUAGACAACGAGAAACUUCUGAAGAACGUCAAAUCAGACUUGAAAAACAAGCUCAGAGACAAGCUAAACAUAGACAACGAGAAACUUCUGAAGAACGUCAAAUCAGACUUGAAAAACAAGCUCAGAGACAAGCUAAACAUAGACAACGAGAAACUUCUGAAGAACGUCAAAUCAGACUUGAAAAACAAGCUCAGAGACAAGCUAAACAUAGACAACGAGAAACUUCUGAAGAACGUCAAAUCAGACUUGAAAAACAAGCUCAGAGACAAGCUAAACAUAGACAACGAGAAACUUCUGAAGAACGUCAAAUCAGACUUGAAAAACAAGCUCAGAGACAAGCUAAACAUAGACAACGAGAAACUUCUGAAGAACGUCAAAUCAGACUUGAAAAACAAGCUCAGAGACAAGCUAAACAUAGACAACGAGAAACUUCUGAAGAACGUCAAAUCAGACUUGAAAAACAAGCUCAGAGACAAGCUAAACAUAGACAACGAGAAACUUCUGAAGAACGUCAAAUCAGACUUGAAAAACAAGCUCAGAGACAAGCUAAACAUAGACAACGAGAAACUUCUGAAGAACGUCAAAUCAGACUUGAAAAACAAGCUCAGAGACAAGCUAAACAUAGACAACGAGAAACUUCUGAAGAACGUCAAAUCAGACUUGAAAAACAAGCUCAGAGACAAGCUAAACAUAGACAACGAGAAACUUCUGAAGAACGUCAAAUCAGACUUGAAAAACAAGCUCAGAGACAAGCUAAACAUAGACAACGAGAAACUUCUGAAGAACGUCAAAUCAGACUUGAAAAACAAGCUCAGAGACAAGCUAAACAUAGACAACGAGAAACUUCUGAAGAACGUCAAAUCAGACUUGAAAAACAAGCUCAGAGACAAGCUAAACAUAGACAACGAGAAACUUCUGAAGAACGUCAAAUCAGACUUGAAAAACAAGCUCAGAGACAAGCUAAACAUAGACAACGAGAAACUUCUGAAGAACGUCAAAUCAGACUUGAAAAACAAGCUCAGAGACAAGCUAAACAUAGACAACGAGAAACUUCUGAAGAACGUCAAAUCAGACUUGAAAAACAAGCUCAGAGACAAGCUAAACAUAGACAACGAGAAACUUCUGAAGAACGUCAAAUCAGACUUGAAAAACAAGCUCAGAGACAAGCUAAACAUAGACAACGAGAAACUUCUGAAGAACGUCAAAUCAGACUUGAAAAACAAGCUCAGAGACAAGCUAAACAUAGACAACGAGAAACUUCUGAAGAACGUCAAAUCAGACUUGAAAAACAAGCUCAGAGACAAGCUAAACAUAGACAACGAGAAACUUCUGAAGAACGUCAAAUCAGACUUGAAAAACAAGCUCAGAGACAAGCUAAACAUAGACAACGAGAAACUUCUGAAGAACGUCAAAUCAGACUUGAAAAACAAGCUCAGAGACAAGCUAAACAUAGACAACGAGAAACUUCUGAAGAACGUCAAAUCAGACUUGAAAAACAAGCUCAGAGACAAGCUAAACAUAGACAACGAGAAACUUCUGAAGAACGUCAAAUCAGACUUGAAAAACAAGCUCAGAGACAAGCUAAACAUAGACAACGAGAAACUUCUGAAGAACGUCAAAUCAGACUUGAAAAACAAGCUCAGAGACAAGCUAAACAUAGACAACGAGAAACUUCUGAAGAACGUCAAAUCAGACUUGAAAAACAAGCUCAGAGACAAGCUAAACAUAGACAACGAGAAACUUCUGAAGAACGUCAAAUCAGACUUGAAAAACAAGCUCAGAGACAAGCUAAACAUAGACAACGAGAAACUUCUGAAGAACGUCAAAUCAGACUUGAAAAACAAGCUCAGAGACAAGCUAAACAUAGACAACGAGAAACUUCUGAAGAACGUCAAAUCAGACUUGAAAAACAAGCUCAGAGACAAGCUAAACAUAGACAACGAGAAACUUCUGAAGAACGUCAAAUCAGACUUGAAAAACAAGCUCAGAGACAAGCUAAACAUAGACAACGAGAAACUUCUGAAGAACGUCAAAUCAGACUUGAAAAACAAGCUCAGAGACAAGCUAAACAUAGACAACGAGAAACUUCUGAAGAACGUCAAAUCAGACUUGAAAAACAAGCUCAGAGACAAGCUAAACAUAGACAACGAGAAACUUCUGAAGAACGUCAAAUCAGACUUGAAAAACAAGCUCAGAGACAAGCUAAACAUAGACAACGAGAAACUUCUGAAGAACGUCAAAUCAGACUUGAAAAACAAGCUCAGAGACAAGCUAAACAUAGACAACGAGAAACUUCUGAAGAACGUCAAAUCAGACUUGAAAAACAAGCUCAGAGACAAGCUAAACAUAGACAACGAGAAACUUCUGAAGAACGUCAAAUCAGACUUGAAAAACAAGCUCAGAGACAAGCUAAACAUAGACAACNUGUCGAAUGGUGCAUACUCGGUAAGUAA